AUGGUGUUCGACGCCAUCAAGGCUCUCAAGGAGAGAGGAGGUUCGUCCCUCCCUGCUCUCAAGAAGCAGAUCAUGGCCACGUACCCCAGCCUCAACUUCACCCCUCACCAGAUGAGGAGCGCUCUCAAGAAGGGCACCGAGUCCGGCAAGUUCAUCAAGGUGAAGAGCUCCUACAAGCUCAGCCCCGAGGCGAAGAAGCCCGCCCCCAAGAAGAAGGUCGUAAAGAAGAAAGUGGUCAAGAAGGUCGUGAAGAAGAAGGUCGCCAAGAAGAAGCCGGCCGCCAAGAAGCCUGCGACUAAGAAGACCGUUGCCAAGAAGAAGCCCACCACCGCCAAGAAGCCUGCUGCGACUAAGAAGAAGGCGGUCGCCAAGAAGCCUACCACCACCAAGAAGAAGCCCUCCACCCCUAAGAAGAAGGCUGCUCCCAAGAAGGCUUAA